AUCUGGCACCAACACAUAUCAGCUGGCAGCCAUCAGUAAAUGCAGGCACACACCAUACUGACAGAUAUGCCAACACUGAGCUGACUGUGAGGCGAGGACAAGCCUUCACUAUUACCUUGUACUUCAACAGACCAAAGCAGUCUGGGGAAAGCCUAGCAUUUGUCACUGAAAUAGGACCAGCCCCCUCAGAGUCUCAUCGUACAAGGGCCAUAUUUAACCUCUCUGAGGUGGGGGCAAGUGGCUGGAGUGCUGUGCAAGGACCCAGCGAGUCUGGCUAUACGAACUUCACAAUAUCCAGCCCAGCCAAUGCUGUCAUUGGACGAUACAACCUCAGCCUCCAAGUAACCUCAGGGAACAAGAUCUCCUGCCGAUUCCUGGGACAGUUUGUGUUACUCUUCAAUCCUUGGUGCCCAGGUGAUGAUGUCUACAUGGCUAAUGAAAAUGAGAGACAAGAAUAUGUUCUAAACGAAAAUGGAAUAAUCUUUGUGGGCAAUGCAAAGUACAUUGAAGCGAGAGGAUGGUACUAUGGACAGUUUCAAGAUCACCUUCUAAACAUCUGUCUCACCAUGCUUGAUCUGAGCCUGUACUAUCGUCAGGACCCAGCCAUGGACGUAUCCCGGAGGGGAGACCCUAAAUACGUGGGCCGUGUCAUCAGUUCUAUGAUCAAUGGAAAUGAUAAUGAUAAUGGAGUUCUCCUGGGAAAGUGGCAAGGAAGUUUCCAUUCACAUGAGAAUCCAUCUAGAUGGGAUGGUAGUGUGGUAAUCCUCCAGAAAUGGCGUCAGGACAACUACAAGCCUGUUCAGUAUGGCCAGUGCUGGGUUUUUGCAGGCGUGAUGUGUACAGUUCUGAGGUGCUUGGGGAUUCCAACUCGUUUGGUUUCAAAUUUUAACUCUGCCCAUGAUGUGGAUAGAAACCUGAGUAUUGAUAAGUACUAUGACAGCUCUGGAAAGAGUCUUAAUAUCGGCAAGGAUUCCACAUGGGAUUAUCAUGUCUGGAACGAAAGCUGGUUCAUUCGCCCAGACCUGGGUUCAUCAUACAAUGGAUGGCAGGUUUUAGAUGCAACUCCACAAGAACAAAGCAAAGGAUUAUUUCAGUGUGGCCCUGCAUCUGUCAUAGCCAUCAAAGAAGGCGAUGUAGACUUGGAUUACGACACCUUAUUUGUGUAUACAGAGGUGAAUGCCGAUUGCAACAGAUGGAUUGUAUACAAUGACGGAACUAAGAAAAGAGUUUAUUGUGAUACUGAAAUAAUCGGCAGGUUUAUCAGCACCAAAGCUGUGGGCAGCAAUUCCCGUGUGGAUGUCACUUAUAAUUACAAGUAUCCAGAAG